AUGGCCAUUGAUGAGAAGGCAGGCCGCUACAGCAAUAAUUCUCAGGGGAUAUCUGAUGAUCCACUCUUUCACCUUUGCUGGCGUCGCCAGUCGUGCACGUCAUGCCUAGCGGGUGACGUUGGCUGCAGCUGGUGCCCAAUAGUAGGUCUCACUGUUUACUAUGUCUUCGAUCUGCCGACUUGUCAAGGAGAAUACACAUAUUUCCUACUAUUUCUUCAUUCGAUUGUUAUCAUUCUUACUUCUUCUGCCUGCGUGCCCAACUCCGCACGGCUACCAAUCCUGGCACCGAUAGGCUCAUCCCACAUUUGUCCACUUGGUUCCGAGGAGAGAUGGGAGCUUCGAACCCUUCCAUUUGGAUGCAAUGCUAGCUCCUUGACAGUGAUCUCUGUUGUGAUUUCAAUACUGGGGACCUUAGCAGCAAUCAUGAUUGGAUGUGGGAUGUUCUACCUUGCGAACAGCGUGCGGCGUCGCUGGAAGGGAUCAAAUCGCGAGAGCUUGAAUGACGCGAGACAGGGAUGGCCAUUGAGUACUUUGUGGAACAAGCUGCUACUCUCGCUGUCUCAAAGUUUUGGGAGAGGCCGCGGAAGACAUGGACAGAGUGAACUUUUGGUAGAAGAACCUCGAGACAACGGAGAGACGAGACCCCUACUGGAGUAG